AUAAUCCUGGCUUUCUGUUGGGUCUACAUUCGGAAAUUUCAAAGUCGGCAGGAGAGUGAAGUUGUUUCGACCAUCACAGCAAUAUGUGCACUAUCCAUUGCUUUGAUAACAUCUGCUCUCCUACCGGUGGAUAUAUUCCUUGUUUCAUUCAUGAAGUAUCCCAAUGGCACCUAUAAAGAAUGGGCAGCAAACAAUCUGACGAGAGGGCAAAUUGAAGACACCGUGCUGUAUGGAUAUUACACCCUUUACUCCUUCAUACUGUUCUGCGUCUUCCUAUGGAUCCCCUUUGUUUAUUUCUACUAUGAAGAAAGGGACGACGACAAUGGAAACAAAUGCUCCCAAGUGAAGAACGCUCUGAAGUACACAAUUGGAUUUGCCAUUGUCUGCGUGGUGCUCCUUUUAAUUGGAGCCUUCGUUCCACUCGAGGCGCCUCCCGGUCAGAACUCCACUCAAUGGGAGAAAGUGCAGUACAUUUUUGAGGAGCUUGGCAGUAGUCAUGGUCUACCUGCUCUGUCUUUCUCCAUCAGCACCUUGACCUUGAUUGGCAUGUUGGCUGUGAUCACUUACACGGCUUACGGUAUGUCUGUACUGCCUUUGAAUCUGAUAAAAGGCACACGGAGCGUGGUGUACGAGCGCCUGGAGAACACCGAGGACAUUGAUGAUGUUGAGCACCAGAUCGAGAAGCUGAAGUCCAAGCAGUGUACUGAUGGACGUCCCCUUUCCUCGAGGGACAGAAACAACCUGCAGGAGCUGGAGGGUAAACUGCAGGUCCUGCGGCGCAGAGGGAGACACCUGGAAAUCGCAGAGAGGAACUGCUGCACUAAAGUGGGCAGUGCUCUCAGACCUCUAAAGAUAUUGUUGGGCGUUUUCUUUAUCCUGGUUGCCCUGCUCUUCACCGUUGCGCUGUUCAUUUCAAAUUUGGACAAAGCGCUCCACUCUGCUGGCAUCAGCUCCGGGUUCAUCAUCUUUGGCACCAACCUCACCAAUCCUCUGAAUGAACUUCUCUUAGCCUUACAACCCGUUUUCCCGUUGGAUUAUAUCCUGAUCACAAUCAUCACCAUGUACUUUGUGGUCACAUCCAUGGCUGGCAUUCGCAACAUGGGCAUCUGGUUCUUCUGGAUUAGGCUUUACAAAAUCAGACCGAAGAAAACCCGCCCUCAGGCUCUCCUCUUCCUCUGCAUGAUUCUCCUCCUGAUUGUCCUUCACACCAGUUACAUGAUCUACAGUCUGGCCCCGCAAUACGUCAUGUAUGGCAGCCAGAAAUAUCUCGUACAGACGCCCUCAGCUGGUCCUGCGUCUGGGAACGCUACUUCUGGCACCACAAGGACCUGUGAUGCAGACGCGCCCGAGGACCAAUGCACGAUGACACGAUCAUAUCUCUUCCUGCACAAGUUCUGGUUCUUCAGCACAAUCUAUUACUUUGGUAACUGGGCCUUUAUCGGGGCGUUCCUCGUCGGCCUGGUCGUGUCCUGCUGCAGAGGGAAGAAGUCUGUGAUUGAAGGAGAGGUGGAGGCCGAUGACUCAGACCUGAGCGAUGACGAAUACGUGCACUGAAAAUGUCCCUACCGCAUCUUAGAGGGACUAGGAAGUAAAAAUUCCAGAAACAAAUAAAUGGAUGUCAGUCAUUCGUCAUCAUUUAAUUUACUGCUGUUAAUGAGUGAUUGCUGUGGUGUUUUGUGGAUUCCAGCCUUGUUUUUUUUUUUUUUUGAGUUGACACGUCCCCUUCCCCUUAAUGAGAGCGCUCAGACCGAUUGUUGUGUCUUUUCUCGGUCAAUAUUAUAGAUGACUUUGGGAGUCUGGGAGCAUCCUCCAACUCAAUCCUAUCUAGAGAGAAUUCACUUAUCAACAGUUUGAGACCGACACAAAUUGCUCAUUUUUCUGCCGCUGAUGUCACACACGCUCGUCCAAAACUUUUUGUCAAAGCUUUAUUUGGAGUUUGGAGAUAAACUUAAAUUUUUUGUACUGAUCUGCGCACUUUCUAGACCCUUACAAGGUUAGUUUAUUUAUUGUUUGCUUUAGUGUAUCUUUUUAAGAUCCAAAAAAACACCUGAGCCUGCACAAACUGCUCUGCUCUGCCUGUUUGUUUGUUUUUAAAAAAGCUAAUUGGUUUAGAAUUCUGACUCCUUGACUGCAGACGGCGGUCACAUUUUCAAAGUUUGUUUGGCUUGUUUCCGUCUUGAGGUUAAAUAUUCACUGCUAGACGGCGUGCUUUUAGUUCUUUGCUGCGUUAUUGAAGUAGGUGUUACUGUGUGUGAAAUCUAAAGGACCAACUGCAGCUUAGACUUAUUCUCUCUUUUUAAUGAAACAGGGUCAACUGCUUUUUUUCACUCUCUUUGUUUGAAGAACUUCAGAGAAAAAAAAAAAUCAAAGAUAUGGAUGUAAUUUUCUUUUAAUUAAGGAGCUCUCUUGGUUUUUUUUUUUGCCUAUGCUCUAAUAUUCAGCAGGCUCGUCCAUGAAUGGCUUUCCCUCUGCGAUGUUUGAUUUCUUUCUCGCAUACUUCUUUGUGAUAAUGAAUGCAAAGUAUUGAUUUAAUUAAUGAGCCGGCUGCACAAAUUAACAGGAAUGACAUGAUUAAUUUGGAGGGGAAAAAAAUAUGAUUUUGUGCCUCAUGAAUGUGUAGAAACCAUGACGGGCGCACACUGCUGUAUAAGAAACCUCCACAAACGUUAACCUCUAUCUUGUGACUUUAUGCUUCGAGGUGUUAAAUCUGUUGACCUUCAUCAGGACUGUGAUUGGUUGAAAAGACUUGUAUUAUGGCUGCUGUGUCUAUAUUUAAUGAUACCUGUAUUCAAAGAAAUAAAAAACAUUUUAAACACCC